GCAGAGUCACUCAACAAGUCCACCACAUCAGGAUUGUUACAUCCUCUACCUGUAGAUAUCAAUUUCGGAGAACAAUGACUCAGGCCAGCGGGGAAGCCACGGGGAACGCACAAGAGGGCCGGCCCGCCGAAGGCACCCAGACGAAGAGUGCAGCUAAGAAGGAGGCAAAGCGUCUUGAAAAAUUAGCGAAGAAAGAAGCUAAGGCGCCUCAAGUCGCCAUCGCUGAGACGACAACAAAGAAAGUAAAGGAGAAGAAGGCGAAAGUCGAGGAUGAAGAGUUUGUCAACACCACACCUUCUGGCGAGAAGAAAGGCGCGUCUACGAAGAGCGCCGCUAUUGAUGUGCUCACCACUGGGUAGAUUUGUCCAAGCCCAUGGGCAGCGGUUACAAUCCUAUCGCCGUAGAGAGUGCCUGGUACGACUGGUGGGACCAGCAAGGCUUUUUCCUCCCUGUGCUCGGUCCCGAUGCAAAGCCCAAACCAGAGGGCUUAUUUGUUAUCGCUUCGCCUCCCCCAAAUGUCACAGGUAGUAUCCACUUGGGGCAUGCCUUGAUGGUAGCCAUCCAGGAUGCUGUGUCUAGAUGGAAUCGUAUGCUGGGCAAGACUGUUCUUUUCGUUCCCGGAUUCGAUCAUGCAGGAAUUUCCACCCAAGCGGUUGUUGAGAGACGAUUGUACAAAUCUACUGGGAAAACAAGGCAUGAUUUUGGCCGUGAAGACUUCAUCAAACAAGUAUGGGAGUGGAGAAACCAUUAUCAAGAGCGUAUCAAGAGCCAGCUUAGGCGCCUGGGUGGUAGCUACGACUGGAGUCGCGAAGCUUUUACCAUGGAUGACAAUCUCUCUCGAGCGGUUAUUGAGACGUUUUGUCGCCUACAUGAGGAAGGUACAUUGUAUCGUGCAAAUCGUCUGGUGAAUUGGUGUGUUCGCCUGAACACGACGCUGUCUAAUCUCGAGGUGGACCAAAAGCAGCUCAAUGGGAGGACUCUCUUGGCCGUUCCUGGAUAUGAUGAGAAAGAGCGUUUUGAGUUUGGUGUCAUCACGUCUUUCGCCUAUCCAAUUGAAGGAUCGAAUGAAAAGAUCAUUGUGGCAACUACACGUCCGGAAACCAUGCUUGGUGACACAGCGGUUGCCGUUCAUCCUGAUGAUCCGCGCUAUACGCAUCUGCACGGCAGAUUCGUAUCCCAUCCGUUCAUUCCGAAGCGACGUGUACCCAUCAUCACUGAUAGCAUUAUUGUCGACAUGGAAUUCGGAACCGGUGCCGUCAAGAUCACUCCGGCGCAUGAUCCCAACGAUUACGAAGUUGGGAAGAGGCACAAUCUUGAAUUCAUCAACAUCCUGAACGACGAUGGCACCUUCAAUGAGAAUGCGGGGGAUUUCACGGGCAUGAAACGCUUCCACGCUCGCGUAGCUGUAGUUAAUGCUUUGAAGGAGAAAGGAUUAUAUAUCGAGACCAAGGACAAUCCUAUGACUGUACCUGUUUGCAGCAAAUCCGGUGACAUUAUUGAACCCGUGAUGAAGCCACAGUGGUGGGUCAAUAGCAAGGCUCUUGCUGAUCCUGUGCUUGAAAGAACUCGGAAGGGGGAAUUGCAAAUCUCUCCAAAGAGUUCAGAAGGUGACUGGUUCCGAUGGCUGGAUAAUAUCCAAGAUUGGUGUGUUUCGCGCCAGCUCUGGUGGGGGCACCGCUGUCCGGCAUACUUCGUUAAUGUCGAAGGGGUUGCCCAAGAUACUUCCGAUGGAAAGAAUUGGGUGGUGGCCCGAUCUGUGGAAGAAGCAAAAGAGAAGGCCGUCGACAUUGCAGAGGGAAGGCCAUUCACCUUGGAACAAGACGAGGACGUGUUGGACACGUGGUUUUCUUCCGGGUUGUGGCCUUUCUCCAUUCAAGGGUGGCCCAAUCAGACCGACGACUUCAGAGCUUUCUAUCCGUCCACCUUUAUGGAAACUGGCUGGGACAUCCUGUUCUUCUGGGUAGCUCGUAUGGCUAUGUUGGGAGUACACCUGACAGGGAAAAUGCCAUUCUCCGAGGUGUUUUGUCAUGCCAUGGUUCGUGACGCUCAUGGUCGCAAGAUGAGUAAAAGUCUCGGUAAUGUCAUUGAUCCGGUGGAUGUUAUCGAGGGCAUUUCUCUGGAGAACUUGCACAAGCAGCUAUAUGGGGGUAAUCUGGACGAGAGAGAAAUCCAGAAGGCGAUAGCUGGUCAGAAAAAGGAUUUUCCAAAUGGAAUACCCCAGUGCGGAACGGAUGCUUUGCGCUUCGCAUUGUGCGCCUACACAACCUUCGGGAGAGAUAUCAACCUCGAGGUGCUGCGUAUUGAGGGCUAUCGCAAAUUCUGCAACAAGAUUUUCAAUGCCACGAAGUUUGCUAUGCUAAAGUUCGAGGAGGGCUUUGUACCCCAACCGACUGAUAAACCUACGGGUCACGAGUCAACCGUGGAGAAGUGGAUUCUCAAUAAACUUCAUACCGCUGCUUCCGACGUCAACAAAUAUCUUCAGGAUCGCAGCUUCAUGUUGGCAACUACCGCUGUUUACAAUUUUUGGUUGUAUGAAUUGUGUGACGUGUAUAUUGAGGCGAUGAAACCCAUGACGGACGAGAGCGCCUCAGCGACGACACGCAGAUCGGCACAGGACACGCUGUAUACUUGUCUGGAUGCUGCGUUGAAACUGCUGCAUCCAUUCAUGCCAUUCAUUACAGAGGAGCUCUGGCAAAGACUGCCACGUCGGCCGAGAGAUGAGACGCCUUCAAUUAUGGUAUCGUCUUAUCCACUGCCAGAUCCUGCAUUCAUAUUCGCGGAAGCUGAGAAUGACUUCGACUUGGUUUUCUCAACUAUCAAAUCUAUUCGGUCAUUGGCCGCACAAUACAGUCUUAUGUCGAAUAUCUACACCCAUAUACACGUAACUGCUUCUAGAAUAGCAGAGGUGUUCAAGGAGCAAACUCCAACUAUCUUGGCCUUAACCAAAGGAUGCAAGUCCAUCGAAAUCGUCGGUUCUCAACAAGAAAUCCCACUUGGCUGCGGUUCCACUGUCGUAACUGCGGAUGUUACGGUACACAUCCUCGUCAGGGGCGUCGUGGACUUAGACGCAGAAAUUGCCAAGGCACAGAAGAAGCUCGAUGUAGCUGAAUUGAAUGCAAACAAAGUUCGUAAAGCUCAAUCUCAGCCGGAUUAUGAAACAACCAUCCCCGAACAGGUCCGCGAGGCCAACACUGAAAGGUUACGAGUCUUGGAAGCUGAAAUUGCGGCUCUGCAGCAGAGCAAGGAAACCUUCACGAUGCUCAAAGGCUAGAAAGUCUGAGUUGUGAAACUGGUCGCGCAAUAUGGCAGAUGAUACAGACAGAACUGAAUUAGACUACAUGAUCUUAGUCCGCCAGUUAUUGUAAUCCGUAAUUCG